AUGGCCGCCACAAACCACAUGCAUAAUCUCACCACUCUGAUCAAGCGGCUUGAAGCUGCUACCUCUCGCCUCGAGGAUAUCGCUGCUUCUACUGAGCUUCCGCCCGAUGCCCCCGCUACUUCGUCUUCCAACGCUGCCAUCGCAGCACCUCCAGCUCCAGCCGCCCCUGCUGCGCCUGUCGCUCCUCCCAAGCCCGAGCCUGUCCCUAAGCCAGUCGCCGAGCCACUUCCAGAGUCUAUUGAGGAAUUCGAUGCCUUCCUGAGCUCCGCCGUCGAGAAAUAUGUUGAGCAGAGCCAGGAGCUUGGUGGGCUCAUCGCUGAGCAGGCAUUGGAAGUCAAGAAGGGCUUCCAAGAGCAGCGGAAGUUUCUCCUUAUCUCGACUAAGGCUAAGAAGCCCAACCUCUCGGGCCCCGAUCUGCCCAUGUACGAAAGCCUUCUCAAGCCCAUCACCGACGCUUUGUCGGCUGUCACCACCCUCACGGAGGCCAACCGACCUGACCCCGCUUAUAACCAUUUGAGCGCUGUUUCCGCCGGUAUCACGGUUCUGGCUUGGAUCACCAUUGACACCCGCCCCUACAAGCAUGUCGAGGAGUCUCUUGGUUCGGCUCAGUUCUUUGGAAACAGGGUGCUUAAGGAGCACAAGGAGAAGGAUAGCAGGCACGCCGAUUGGGUUCAAAGCCUGUACCAGAUCUUCCGCGAUCUCGCCGACUACGUCAAGCAAUACUUCGCCAAUGGUAUCCCCUGGAACCCCAACGGACAGCCAGCGCAGGAGGUCGCCAAGUCACUUUCCAGUAGCCCCAGCACUGCACCCGCUCCGCCUGCUCCGGCUCCUCCUGCUGGUGGUGCUCCCCCGCCUCCCCCGCCGCCUCCGGGCCCUCCUCCGGUUCUGGAUAUCAAGACAGAGCCCGCCCCUGCUGCGCCAAGCGGUGGUUUCGGUGCAGUCUUUUCGGAACUCAACAAGGGCGAGUCUGUCACACAGGGUCUCCGUAAGGUGGACAGGUCUGAGAUGACGCACAAGAACCCGUCCCUCCGCGCGGGCUCAACAGUCUCUGAACAUCACGGUGCUACCCGGGGCAAGAGUCCAGCGCCAGGAAAGAAGCCCAAGCCCCAGAGCAUGCGCGUCAAGAAGCCUCCCAAGAAGGAGCUGGAGGGCAACAAGUGGACUAUUGAAAACUACGAGAAGGAGCCCGAGCCCAUUGAGAUCGAGGCCUCCCUGACGCAUUCCGUUCUGAUCAGCCGAUGCAACAACACCACCAUUAUAAUCAGGGGCAAGGCUAACCAGGUGACGGUUGAGAACUCGACCCGCUUGUCCCUCAUUGUCGACACCCUUGUCUCUACGGUUGAUGUCGUCAAAGCCCAGAACUUCGCCCUUCAAGUUCUCGGCACCAUUCCUACAGUCAUGCUGGACCAGAUCGAUGGGGCACAAAUCUACUUCAGCAAGGAGAGCACAGGCACCAAGGUUUUCACGAGCAAGUCGGCAGGUAUCAACCUCAACGUUAUAUCGGGCGAGGAUGAGGACUACAAGGAGGUGCCUCUGCCCUCACAGAUCUGCUCCUACUACGAUGAGGCCAAGGGCGACUUGGUUAACGAGAUAGUGGCGCACGCCGGCUAA